AUGGAGGCCGCCCCAGAAGAAAGCAAAACAGGCCUUCCAAAGGAAUCAGCAACUGCAGAAGAGCAGGAGGAAGAUGCGGAGCAAGUGGAAGCAGACACUGAAAGUGCUGAUGCAGAAGGUGAUUUGGAAGAACGUGAUGAUACUGAAGAACCCUUGGAGGAGGAAAAAAAGCCUGAGAAAGUAGAAAAGAAAAUCUCUGAAACAUUCUUCUAUAAUUAUGAAGAUCUAUAUUCACGGCCAUUUGUCACUGAAGACUCUGGGAUACCAAUUAACCUUCUUACUCUUCAAUAUUCUUUUGGAUAUGACUGCACCAGAACUGCAAACCUGCUUGUGAUGGAUAACGAAACACUGAUGUAUAUAGCAGGAAACCAAGUGGUGCUCCUGGACCUCAAAACAAAAUCACAAAGCUAUGUCCGGAGCAGCGGUGGUGGUGGAAUUGGUUUUAUCACAGCACACCCUACUAAGCAAUACUUUGCAGUAGGAGAAAAAGGAGAGAAGCCAAACCUCAUCGUCUACGAGUAUCCUUCACUGAGGCCCUACAGAAUACUGCGAGGUGGAACAGAGAAAGCAUAUGUUUUUGGUGAUUUCAACAAUGCUGGAACUUUGCUGGCAAGUGUUGGGAGCAGCCCUGACUACAUGCUGACUAUAUGGGACUGGAAACAAGAAAAAAUUAUGUUGAGAUCAAAAGCUUUUUCACAGGAUGUUUACAAGGUCACAUUUUCUGCUGACAAUGAAGAGCAACUAACUACAUGUGGAUCAGGACACAUCAGGUUCUGGAAGAUGGCUCUCACAUUCACUGGUCUCAAAUUACAAGGAGCUUUGGGCAGGUUUGGGAAAACAGCAGUGUCAGACAUUAUGGGUUAUGUGGAGCUGCCUGAUGGGAAGGUUGUCUCAGGGACUGAGUGGGGCAACUUGCUACUUUGGGAAGGAGGCCUCAUUAAGGUAGAGAUCUGUCGAGCUGGACACAAUCCCUGUCACAAUGGCCCUAUCAGCCAUUUAGUUCUGGAGGAAGGAGAACUUAUCACUGUUGGACAAGAUGGCUUCAUUCGGGUGUGGAACUCUGAUACAGUAGAUGCUGCUGAUUCUGUGGAUGACACAGGGUUACUGGAGCUGGAGCCUAUGAAUGAACUUCAAGUUGGCAAGAAUGUCAGUCUGAAUUACAUGUCAAAAGUUGAUGACUGUGAACAGCCAGUUUGGUAUGCUCAGGAUUCCAAUGGAGCAAUCUGGAAGCUGGAUUUGACUUUUUCAAAUAUGACUCAAGAUCCAGAGAAACUGUAUACUUUUCACUCUGGAAGAAUUGAAGCCAUGAGUGUCUCACCCACUACAUACCUACUGGCCACCACUGCUCUUGACCGGUCAGUGCAUAUCUAUGAUUUCAUCAGCAACAAUCAACUGAGUAAAAUUAAGUUUAAACAAGGAGGAACAGCACUUACAUGGGCACCUUCUGUUGUAAAUCCUAAAGGAGGUCUAAUUGCUGUGGGGUUUGAAGAUGGUGUUGUCCGCAUAAUUGAAGUUUAUGAUCCCAAAGGACUCCCAGUUCUUGCAGGACGAACUGAUGCAGAGAGCGCAAGGAUAAAUCUGAAACAAGCUUUCAAACCUCAUGCUACUGCAGUUACAGCCUUGGCAUAUGAACAGAAUGGAGAUGUGCUUGCCACAGGGAGUAAAGACAAAACUGUUUUCUUUUUUGCUGUUGGAGAUAAAUAUGAGCCAAUUGGAUUCAUCUGUGUCCCUGGGCCUGUGCAGGCAUUACAGUGGUCUCCACCUACUCAUGUGAAGAGCAUGCUGCUCAUCCUUUGUGAGAAUGGUUUUGUUCUCCAGGUUCCUGCCCCUGUCCCUGAGGAACAGGAUACAGCGUCCACCUACCAAAUAAAAAAUCUGCCAACACAGUACUUCCAUUUUUAUAGUAUUAAGUCCAGAAUCAAGCUGGAAGAGGAAAUUGCACGGAGAGAGAAAAUAAAGCAGGAGAAGGAGAAAGCCAAGCUUGAAUGGAUAAAGCAGCAAAAGGAGAUGGGAAAGGAGAUAGAAGAAGAACCUGAAGAGGAACCUGAAGAAGAGCCAUUACCACCUCUGUACAUACCAGAGGAACCCAGUCCCAUCCUCUGCGGGUUUUAUUCAGCACCAGGAAAGUUUUGGCUUUCCUUGGGUGGGUAUGACUCAGGGUUCCUCUAUCAUUGUGAAUUCUCCUCAAAUGAUCACCAAGAAGACCCUGAAAAGAGGCAAGAUGAACCCUUUGAAGUGAUUCCUAUUGAGGACACCGACAACAAUCCCAUCCACUGUAUCUCCUUCUGUACCAGCAGACAACUGAUGGUCUGUGGGAUGCAGAAUGGUGCCCUGCGUGUUUAUCCUCUCCAAGAUGAAGACCUCUCAGCGGAUACCCUGAAGGAAUACUGGUCCUUAAAUGUACAUGACAAUGACUGUGGCCAGAUCCAGGGGAUCUGUUCUAGUUAUGAUGACAGGUUUCUGAUUACCUGUGGUGGAGAUGGAAACAUUUUUAGUUUCAACAUCUUGUCUCCAGAGGACAUUCACAGAGAGCAAAAGGCCAAAAUUCCCUCUCCGAGGAGUGGUCUUGAGAAGGAGAAGGCUGCUGAAGACAUUGAGGAUCCUGAUGCCUUCAACAUUGAGGAAGUCAAGCAGAAAAAGGAAUAUGAGCGGAUAAUGAAGGAAGCUGAAGAAAAGAAAAGAAAGAAAAGAGAGGAGUUAAUUGCACUGAGACAGGAGUUCCUUGUUCUUCUUCAAAAGAAUCAGGAGUUGCCCAAGCACAUGCAGCUGGACAGAACGGAAUUCGAGAUGGACCAUAGGAUCUUUGAGGAGCUGAAUAGGCAGACAGCACAGAGAAUCCAGUUAGUGCAAAAGGAGCUGGCUUGGGAGGAAGAGAAACACUUGAUUGGACUGCAGAAACUAAAAAAUCAGUUUCGGGACUCACUGGAAUUUGACACUGUUGUUGUUCAUGCUAUUCAAAGCAACCACCAAAUUUCCACUUACAGACUUCUAGCAAUGUCUGAGAAAUUCUACCAGCAUAAGGAAUGUCCAUCAGGGAAGAAGUCAGUAUCUAAAGGGUCAUGCAAACAAGCAGCAAAACCAGAGACUGUCAGAGAGACAAAUGCUAGAAUUCUUGAGAGUGAGGCUGAAAAGCUGAAGACAUCAGAGGUCCAAAAGCCAACCGCACGCUAUAUAAGAAGCAAACAUGAGCAAAUCAGAAGAAUGGUUGAGAAAUCUGAUGAGAUGAAAGCAAAGAUCAUAAAGAGGAAGGCAGAGUGGGAUGAACUAUACAGGAGCAAACCUAGUGUUGACUAUGAGGAUCCCAAGGUUGUUGAGGACAUAAGAGAAGCACGGGAAAAUAUGGGAUGUUACAAGCUAAAGACUGCCACUAACUACAGAGUCUCUGAACAUGAGCAUCUGAACAUUGAGAAGAAGGUGAUGCAACUUACAUCCCUGGAGAUGCUGAUCCACAAGAGGAAAAUGAAUAUGAACAAAGAAAUCAUGUCUUUGCGGGAGCUCAAGAUUUCUAUUAUUGAUGAAAUCAAGUGUUUAGUGCAAGAAUUGAAAUCCAUACAGGAAGCCUUGGAUUUAUCAGAACGUCUCCCUCUUCCGCUGAUCCCUCAGUUACACCCAGAUGAGGUUCCUGAAAAAAAAUUUGAGUAUGACAGAGAUAUCCUCCUGAAUUUCAAAGAGGAGCAAGAGGCCAGGGCAAAGCUCAAGGAAGAACUGGAAGGGUCUCCCUCAUCUAGUGAACUUCUUCAAGCUCCUUCCAUUAAUGAGACAGAUCCCACAGCAGAGCCUGCAGAUGUGUGCCCAAUAGAAGUAGCAUCACCUGUCAUGAAGCAGCAAAAAGUUUUUGAGAUUGAGACGGCAGAGCCAACAGAAAUGGAACUUGAAAUAUUAAAGAAGGAAAAGAUUAAAAAUCUAUACUUGCAGGAGACCUUGAUUAAAAAGAUCAAUGCACUGGUGAUCAACUUUGAUGCUGAACUUCGCAUUCUGCGGCACAAGAAGCUGAAGCUGGAUAUGCAGAUGAAAAGUGCUGACCUGCACUACAUCACUUGCUAUGAAGAGCUGCUUAUCCUAAGGAAACUUGAGAAACCUGAGAACCUUCUCCAAGACCGUGUCAACACCCUCAUCAGUGAACAGGAAGCUGUGCAAGUAAAGUUGUACAGCUGCCUUGCACAGAUGGAGGAGAGAAAGUGUGAGAUUGUAAGGCUCCAGGAAUGUGAGAAAGCUCUUUAUGCCACCUUCCAAGCAUCCCUGGGAGAAAACAACGAGUUUGCCCAUUUUCUGACCAAAGUUCUGAAGAAGAAAAUCGAGUGCAUGGAAAACCAAGAAGAUGGAAGAGAAGCAGAUGAAAAAGAUGAGAAUGAAGAGGAGAAUGAUGAAGAGUCCAGCUCGGGGACUGAUGAAGAAAAUUCUGGAUCUGAAGAUGAAUUCUUUGAUGACUCUGUUUGCCCAAAGAACUGCAAUGAGGCACUCUACCAAAACACCAUCGAGCUCCGGCAUAAGAGGUUGGACAUUAAGAAAGCUUUAACAGAGGAGAAGAAAGAUGCUGCUAAGCUCAGAAAGAUAUACAAUGCCUUGGCUGAAAAGGCAAAAGCAGUGGAAACCAGUCUGGGCACUGCAGAAAGAGAACUGGAGACCUUUCAGUGGGAAAAGCAGCAGAGAAUGAAUGACCUAUAUGUAGUUGUGCCUUUGAAACUUCAUCAGGUGGAAUACUUGGUUAAUGGGGAGAUGCCCAGUGACUUCUCCCAGGCUUUGGUAUUUACCAACCACUCCUUGGAGUAUCUGCAGAAGAGAGUUGUGGACCUACGUAAUGAAAAGAAAAUGCAAAGAGAGAUAUAUAGGAAGGCCCAGGAGCAGCAUAAGCAGCUUAUCCAGGACAAAAAGGCGAUGGAGAUAGAGAUUCGACUGCUGCCACUUUGUGCCAUGCACCUUCUGUUAGGACUGGAAGAGAAAUGCAGUGAUCUGAUGAUGAAGAAGUUUGGCCGGCUGGUUGAUUUUGAAGCAGUUCAGGCACGCUCUGCUAACAUACGCGUGGCAGAGUUGGAAGUACAAAUGAUGGAGAAAGAAUACGUGCACUCCCAGGAACUGAAAGAGUGGAAGGGAAGAAUCUUAAGCUUGCAGCAGCAGCUAAUGAAGCUGACAAAGGAAAACACCAGUAAGCUGCAGCAGCUCAACCGCUUCUGCCUUGAAAAGCACCAACUUGAAACUAAACUGGAUUCACUGAAGAAUGAUCUGGGACUAGAAUUGCAGGGCAUCCAUUCUACUGACAUCAACGAGAAGGCCAGGCUGGCCUCACGGCUCAAGCACACAGCUCAUGGCGCAGCCCUCAUGAGAGAAGAAAUCAAUCUUCUAAGCAGGAAAGAUGGGUGCUUAAUAGAUAAACUCAUGCAUCUUAGCAGAAAAGGUGGUUUUGUUCUUAUACAGCCUCCAUCACCAGAGGAUUUGGACAACUGGUUCUUACCCAAGAAACAGUAA